AUGGACGCAUCUCGAGUGGUAGCACUAUAUCUGGGUGUGCUCUUUGUUUUUCUUGGGGAUAUACCGUGUUUUCAGUGUGCUGCUAUCAUCACGCACUCUACGCCGAGGAGGAACAGGGGAGCCAGGAUCCCUCAUCAGGACGGACAAAGGUCAUCCAAAUUCCUAAAAGACAUCUUUGCGUCUUCGCAUCCUAUCGUGGGCCAUCACAAAGACGACCCAAAGGACGCUAUUGUGCCGCAUGAAUACAUGCUUUCUAUAUAUAGGACAUACUCGGCUGCAGAGAAGCUCGGACUAAAUGCAAGCUUUUUCCGAUCCUCUAAAUUUGCCAACACCAUAACAAGUUUUGUGGACAGAGGAACAGACGAUCUUUUGCACUCUCCUCUGCGAAGACAAAAGUAUCUGUUUGAUGUCUCAACCCUUUCAGACAAAGAGGAGCUGGUUGGGGCGGAAUUAAGGAUAUUUAGGAGAGCGACCGGGGAUUUGCAGAGUUCCCUGCAGACGACGGGCCUUUACGACAUCCAGCUCUACCCCUGCCGCUCCGACAGACUACUGGACUCCAGGUCUCUGGACCCGCUGGACUCCACUAAACCCAGUUGGGAGGUUUUGAACGUGUGGGACACAUUUAAAGCACAUCGGCAUCAUUAUCAUCAGCAUCAUCACCAGCAUCAGCAGGGGAACCUGCUCUGCUUCCAGCUCAGGGUCACUCUUGGCAAAUCAGACAUCGAGGUGGACUUAAGGCACCUGGGGCUGAACAGGGACGGCCGGCCCCAGCAGGAGAAGGCCAUUCUGGUGGCCUAUACCCGCUCCAAGAAGAGGGAGAACCUGUUCAACGAGAUGAAGGAGAAGAUCAAGUCACGGAGGUCGGCUGGCCAGAAGGAGGAAUCGGCUGCAGAGGAGGAGGCGGUGUUCUCGAAGGGGGCCAAAGGAGACGGGCCCCGGCGGCGGCGGAGGACCGCGCUGAGCAACCGGCACGGCAAGAGGCACGGGAAGAAAUCCAAAUCCAGGUGCAGCAAAAAGGCGCUACAUGUGAAUUUCAAAGAGCUGGGCUGGGACGACUGGAUCAUCGCGCCCCUGGAUUAUGAGGCGUACCACUGCGAAGGGGUAUGCGACUUCCCCCUCAGGUCGCACCUAGAGCCGACCAACCACGCCAUUAUACAGACGCUCAUGAACUCCAUGGAUCCCAGCAGCACCCCGCCCAGCUGCUGUGUCCCCACCAAACUCAGCCCCAUCAGCAUCCUCUACAUAGACUCGGGUAACAACGUGGUGUACAAACAGUACGAGGACAUGGUGGUGGAGCAGUGUGGCUGCAGGUAGCGGCCAUUAUCUGUUAAAGAGCAAC